AUGACGGACAGAGGCGCGCGCAACAAAGCGCGAUGGUUGAGGCGACAACUCCGCUCGCUGGAUUUUCGAACGGCCGUUCCGCAGCUAACCCUUUGGCCUUUGAGCGGCCAAACAGGCCAAUCCGGGGAUCUUGGGCCAGACGCCCCGGAGCUGGGUGUCCUUUUGAUGGGUUUCACGGCGACCACGAUGAAGUUAAUUCAAACGGUGAAGCGCCGAAUGGGCAACGACGGGGACAAGAAGACAUCGACCAGCCGCACUGGCGCCACCAGCAGCGGCGGCAGCAGCGGUGGCUCCGGGGACCUGGCAGCUAAGACCAAGGCCACCACCCCGGCGAAUUCCACGAGCAGCCGCGCGAUGACUGCCAAACCCGCCACCGAGUCCUCGAGCUUCGCCACAAUACCCAAGUUGCGUGAGGCACCACCGCAAGAGCGGACAGACCUGUUCCGCAAGAAGAUGGAGGUUUGCGCGGUGGUCUUCGACUUCCACAACGACAAUAACCAGAAGGAGAAGGAAGCCAAGCGCCAGACACUGCUGGAAAUUGUGGAGUACGUGAACAACACCCGGAACUGUUUCAACGAAGCCCUGAUGCAGGACGUCGUCAACAUGGUGGGUGCGAACAUCUUCCGAGCGCUGCAGACUCGCAACAAGGACCCUUUGGCCUUCUCCGACCCCGAAGACGAUGAGCCUUCUCUCGAGCGCGCGUGGCCUCACCUGCAGAUUGUGUACGAGUUUUUCCUUCGGUUCGUAGUGUCCAACGACGUUGACCCGAAAAUCGCAAAGCGGUUUGUGGACCAGAACUUCAUGCUGAAGCUGCUUGAGCUAUUUGACUCAGAGGACCCGCGGGAACGAGACUACCUGAAGACCAUCUUGCACCGUAUCUAUGGAAAGUUCAUGGCCCUACGGUCCUUCAUCCGCCGUGCUAUUCAGCACGUCUUUUUCAAGGUCAUCUACGAGUCUGAGACCCACAACGGUGUCGGCGAGCUGCUGGAAAUCCUCGGCAGCAUCAUCAACGGCUUCGCGCUCCCCUUGAAGGAGGAGCACAAGGACUUCCUGAUCAAAGCCCUGAUCCCGCUGCACAAGGUGAAGUCUUUGGCCUCGUUCUACCAGCAGCUUUCCUACUGUAUGGCCCAGUACGUCGAGAAGGACCCGCGUUUGGCAUACGACAUCAUCACCUCCAUGCUCCGCUACUGGCCCGUGUCCAUCACCUCGAAGCAGGUCCUCUUCCUCAACGAGCUUGAGGAGACGUUGGAGCUCACGCAACCGCCGGAGUUUCACCGCAUGCAGGAUGUCCUGUUCCGCCGCUUGGCCCUGUGCAUCACCUGCCCGCACUUCCAGGUGGCCGAGAGGACUCUGUUCUUUUGGAACACAGAUUACAUCGUGAAGCUCAUCAAUUCGAACCGUCAGGAGCUUUUCCCCAUCAUCAUCGGUGCCUUGUACAAGAACUCCAAGCAGCAUUGGAACAGCGCAGUGCACGGCCUGACCUUCAACGUGCUCAAGCUGCUCAUGGAGGCCGACCCUGGGCUCUUCGACGAGUGCUCCGCCAAGCACCGUGCGGACGAGGAAGAGGAAGGCCGCCGCGAGCAGGAGCGUGCGAGGAAGUGGCAGGUGCUGCAGGAGAUGCACGAUGCCAAGGUGAAGGCGUGA